GUUUUUUUGUACCAGUCGAUGUGACACAAAGCGACUUUUGCCAUUUAUCCCUCGCGAAUUCCACCCUUUAAUAAUAGAGUUUAUUCUAUAGCACUAUUAUACAGCCUCUUUGCAAUAUCCGGCCGUUUGGGCGUACUUAACAUCAUUUUCAGAGCAUCGUGAAGCACUUCGGGCCAUCCGAGAUCCAAGGGAAUUAUGGAGAAGGUGGACCUAUGUGAGGUAGUGAAGCUGACAGAGGAGGUGGAGAGCGCCUACAACCAGGUUGAAGUACUUUCCCCCAAGAAACGAAAGCGCAAAAGUCAGGAAGAGGGUGAGGUGAAGCCGAAGAAGCCCAGGUCUGCCUACUUGCUGUACUACUUCGAUGUCCAUCAGAUUAUGCAACAGGAGAGACCCAAUCAGCCACAAUCAGAGAUCAACAAGCGAAUCAGUGAGAGCUGGAAAAGGCUCAGUGUGGCAGAGAAACGCUACUAUCUGGACAAGGCCAACUCGGAGAAGGACGGCACUGAUACAUUGUUGUCUCCCAGCCCAUCCAAAGACCUCCCAGGCUUCCGUAAGAUCCUACCGAGAGCUAGUUACCUUGUUUUGACCGACGAUCCCCAGGCGGGAGGUUCUCUGGCAGAGAGUCUCAAUGAUCCAGGUAAUGGAAAUUUGUCCUUUCCUACUUUGACUCAAGAGCUGAAAAAGGCCCAGACGCUUGGCCUGGCUUGCAAAGUGGAUGUUUCUCAGAGGUCUGUGGGUAAACCUGGGAAUACAGGAGAGAUGUCGUAUUCCACAGCAAUCCGAGGAUGCACAUCCUCCUCUUCAUCCAUUACAUCUGUGUCUCCAACUUCCAAAGACAUUUCUUUCUCACUGAGCCCUGUGGAUGUUACAGCAAACUGUGUUCAAAUGAAAGAAUGUGAGAUAAGACAUGCUGCUGGUGUUAAUAGUGGGGUGACAAUGCAUCAAACCCAAGGGGAAACCACACAGAUGGUUGCCAUUAUCCCCAACGAGAACAUGCUUGAGCCCAAAUCUUUGGCAGGAGUCAGCCCUUUGGGCCCCCUAAUGAUGGUCUCUGUGGCAGCUAGAAAAGAGCCGUCAUACAAGAUGGCUGUGAAAACAUACACCAGAAGAGGUCGUGGGAAGUGUCUAAAUCCUCAUUGUUCAUUUAUCUACGUCACACGACACAAGCCAACAAAAUGCCCUGAAUGUGGAAGCCACCUUGGCGGCAAAUGGAUACCUGCAGCAAAGAAAAGCCAGCAAAAAAAUGUACAAGUUUCCAAGCUGGGGUCUGAAGUCAAGUCCGGUUCAACCUACCAAGACACAGUGCAAGAGGAGAACGCUGAUGCUGGUAAAACAAAACCCAGUGGGGGCAAAAAAGAAGGGCAAAGGUGCUUGAAAAAGAUGAAAGCAAUUCCGGGUGAAGAGCCAGGAGAGGGCAGCAGCAAGUCACCAGAUAAAACACUGUGCGUGUCCAUGCAGCCACUAAUAAAGCACGUGAAAGAAAUAGCCCUCAAAAGACACAGCAUGUGCAAUCUUCAGGGGAGGCCUGUAAGACCCAUCUUACCUUCCUAUUGUAGCACAGGUCCUGCUUUGUUUCAGAUCAUCACCGUCCCAACUGUGAACAGAAAAAUUCCGACACGAAACAACAAAGCACCUUCUGAGCCACGAGAGAAAUUCUCAGGUCUCAAAGCUGAUACCUUAAAACAGCUCGGCCAAGAAGUCCAAUCCAAGCAGGAGUCUUUUGUCACAGCAAGUCAGCUUGUGUCCUCCCCAUCUGAUAUGACCAUUGUAUCAGUUGUGCCUUUCAAUCAUGCGACAGUUGACAGCUUUAAACUGGGACUGUCAACAGCGAGAGGCAGAGGUCACUGUAAGAACGCACUGUGUGACUACAUGUAUAAGAACAGACACAAACCGUUAGUGUGCCCUAAAUGUGGUUGUAAGCUGACCCGGGGGAAUCCUAAGGAAUCCAAGAGGUCGGAUCGAUUGGUGGAUCCAUACCAGCCCUUGAGUCCUGUUCAGAAAGACAUCCAGCGGCAAUCCACCCUGCAGCUGAUUCGCCGUUGCCUGCAGAUUCCAGAGAGCGAGACCGAGCUCCAGGAAACACUUGCUCUCAUCCAGGAUCUUAACGGUCUUCAAAUUGUCCUGGUCCAACCGGGGGAGCCAAAGCAGGAUGGGACCGUUGAGACUGAGACCCUGGUGGAGUCUGGGUGGCCUCAGUUCUAUGAAUCAUCAGCCACUCAAUGUGUCCUGUGUAAAAAGCCUCUUUACAAAGGAGAUCAGAGCACGAUAGCAGGACAGGAGGACUGCUGGCUGCUUACUGAGAUGCUGAUCCAGACGGCAUCUCUCCAGCUUAAAGUGUGUCUCAAUGCUCGGUGUCUGGCUAUGCACAGCUUCACUGACCUGCAUCCAGGUUUAUUCAAUAUUGGAAACAGACUUCUGGUUAGUAUUGAUCUUUUGCUGACGGUCAGAGCCAAAAUCAGACUGGGCCACCCACCCUCGCAGGCUGUCAGGACCUUAUUUGACCAUGUCUCCAAUCACCCCGUCCAUACGCUGAGUCCAGAGGAGAUGUCCCAAAUUCAAGAGUUUCUCCUGAUAGGCUACUGGGCCUUCGAGAGCCUGACACUGCGAGACUAUAACGAUAUGAUUUGUGGCGUUUGUGGUGUCGCUCCCAAGUUCGAGAUUGCCAGGCGAUACACAAAGAGUGUGCUGGAGCUCAAGAAUGUGGAGUUCACCUGGCCUGAGUCUUCAGUGUCAGACGAAGUGAACGUGGAUGACUUCUGGCUGACCAUGGAGACUGAGGCCAUUGAGCAGGCUGCUUUCCCUACAGACAUCCCCAUCACGCGGGUGGACGCUUCAGUUAUUGCGCCCUUCAUCCCCCCACUGAUGAGGGGCCCCACUGUUAUUAACACAGAGAAGGACAAACUCAUGUCACACAAACAGCAGCCCCCAGGAGCCCCAUCAGUUCUGGUGCGCCUCAUUCACGAUGGUGAGUUAAGGCUGGACAAGAUUGAAGACCACAGCGAGGAUGAACUGAGAAAUAUUCUGCAGCGUUGCGGGGCAAGCAUCACUCCAUGCUCUACCAAGAAUGACCUGCUGACUUCUCUGAUCUCCAUGUGCACGCUUGUUCAUAGUGGCCUCCCCACAGGCCCCCAGGCACCUGAGAACCUCACUGCCGGCAAGCUGUCCAUAGUUUGCCCCCAUAAGAUUGUGUGUGGCUCCAAAUACUUGGUGAGAGGAGAGACGGCCCGGGACCACGUGGAUCUGCUGGUGUCCUCCCGUUACUGGCCUCCGGUCUACGUUGGCGACAGCGCUCGACAAGUGGCGCUUUGUACAGACAUGCAGUACCCAGAAAUGGCCGGCAGGAUGUGGGGCAGAAAUCAGGGCUGCUUCUCAGAGCCUUUUGAUAAGCCAGAGUUUGUGUCAUGCGCUGAGCUGCAUGAGAAGCCGUACAAUGCCGAACUCUCUACGUUGGGGCAAAAUGAGCAUGUUCACCCUCUCACUAAAUCUUCCUCUUGUUGGUUAGUACAUCCCCCUGAUUCGUCUCCAAGCCACGAGACCGCUGUUCCGGAGCACCACUCAAUGGCUUUGUGCAAAGACCUAGAGCACCUCAUCUGCACUGUGACUCAAAUUGACAAGGAAGACAUUGAGGAGCAAAAGCAAAUGGUGGACGAUGAACAACAGGGCAAUCAGAGUUCCGUGAACUCUUUGAGGACACAACGUGUGCUUUUAAACAACCCGGCGCAUUACUACCUCUACAACCGGCUGCUGGAUUUUCUUUCCAGUAGGGACAUCGUGACUGAGCAGAUCAACCAAGUGCUAAAGGUCUGUCAGCCCGGGGAGGUCGUCAUCCGGGAUGCGUUGUACCGGCUCGGAGUGGCGAACAUCAACCUGGAGAGGGAAGAAGGCAAAAAAAGUGAGGUGGAGGAACUGAAACAAGGGACAGAGACAGCGUAUGAAGUGGUCCUGCCUGAAUGAAAACAGUAUAAGGCGAAAGUUUAUGCCUGAAAGCAUGAAUACUGUACAGUUCUCACAAAUUGCUGGUCUUUUGGGUGAAAUCUAUGUAAUAAUCCUAUAAUGAUCAUUGAAUGCACAUGGCUUCAAACAGAAUAUUCUCAGAGGGACGUGGCCACUGAGCUUUGAUAGUCACCGUGUCAUCGGCAGGGUGUAACGGACCAACUGGAAGAGUCACAGAAAGGCACAGAACCAGAAAUCCUUGAAAAUCGUUCAAACACCAGCUGUGAAUAUUACCAUUCACCUCUUUGUUAGAGAAUCGCAAGCUAUGCCAAAAGUACUGAAUCUGUGAACAGUUGGACAUGUGCAUUCAAAUGUUGCGAGAAUGUCAAAUUAAAGGUCAGAGUACAAAGGUUUUAUGGCAGUUGGUUAAAAUUCCUAUUUGCAUUGUUAAUGUUUUGUCAUACACACGCGUCAUUUACAGCAAGUUGUCAACCAAGUGGCUGAAAAUGUGGUUUUAUUGGGCACCCCUGAACGUUCCCGAUUUUGAGACAUCCUAAAUGUAGUUCUGGCCACCGCAAGGGCUACCGGAGGUGAUGUAAUGUUUGUCAAGCAUUACCGUCCUGCAUUUACUCUGAUGGGGAGCGGUGAUUUGGAAUACGAGCAGGAUUAGGAUUUAUAUACACAGGAACAGUCUGAAAGCAGACUUGUGGUCAAACCCAACAUCUUUGAACCAAUUCGGAGGUCAAAGCCUAUCUUGGACGGCAGCUACUGGCUUCUUUUAACAGCUGCACAACAGAUGUUGGAAGGUGCUCACUACUAUAGGUCAAUGCGACUGAGGACGCUGGAGAAAGCGCGUCACAGUAUCACUAAGAGUGGAUUGGAAAUAAAGACUGGUUAUGUGUAUGUAUAUACGUAUACAUAAAUACUGAAUAUAAAUCUAUCCUUGCGCCUGCAGGCGGUAGUCAACAAAAAGCCUUCGAAUCAAGAGCAGUCAGCCGUACAUGAAAGGUCACCAACGUGCUGCUCUGGUUUGAAUAAUUAAGUGCAAAUUGUUUUAACCAUUUUUUCAAAUGCUCAGUGCAUAAUCACCACUAGGGUUGGGCGUUGAAAAUCGAGAACCGAUUGGAACCGGGACUAACCUUCCGGUUCUCCCGGAAUUGUUCAAAUUCAAAAUAUCGGUUCCCAGUUUCGAUGCCUAGAGUUUGCCGAACCAACGAAGAAGAACAUGCACGAAAACGUAGCGGCGGCGGACAAAAGCGUUUCUUAACUUUGUUAAAAUUAAUGACCAGUUGCCUCAGUGCAACACUUGGAAUAAGAUUAUAUUGUGCAAAGCAGGCUUUCACGAUGUGUAGAAGUCUGACGCGCUCCGACCCUCAGCCUACACCGCGCGGCACUUCAGUCAAGUCAAAUUGGGUAGUGAAACAAUACAAUGUCUAUGCCAUUGAGGUAGCUAACAAGUUCAACGGUGGGUUGCACUUUUGCACUGAUGGUUUUUAGCAUUUAUUUUAGUCUUCAAACCAACGUAAGAGCCAAUGACAAAAAAAAAAAAAAAAAAAGCUUUAACAUUUAACUAAAACUUCACCAAAACAGCAACUUUACGUCACAAUGAAUUGGGACAAAAUUCACAUAAACAUUUGUCUCACAAUAUCACAAACACUAACCUUGUGCCUCAUCGGUGGGUAGGUAAAGGAAGCAACGUUUUAUAGCAUUUGGUUCCAUUCAUUAGUUUUUUUGCAGUCUCGGUUUACUUUCAUUUUCAAAAAUCACCAGUCAUGUGAAGGUACUUUUUGUGCCAAAAUACUCAGUUCUGCUGCGUAACCUUAAAUAAAUAAAUAAAUAUUUUAACAAUGCUAUAUUUAACGUUUAGCUGAAACAAUUAAUAAAUAUUGUCAAUUGUGUUUGCUCCACACAUAUUGCCUUUUAGUUUAGUUUAGAUAUUGAUCCUGGUUAUAAAGAGCAACUGAGUCAAAUGUUCAUUUUAGUCCAUGCUGCAGGCUGCUAAGAAAAUGGAUGUUCAUAAUUUGGACACCCUUUAUUUAAACCAUGCAAACAUUUUUCACCCAACCCCCUAAAAGAAUCUGAAUCGAAAUGAGGAACCGGAAUCGGGACCAGAAUCGCUCAAAUUCGAAAGGUGCCCAACCCUAAUCACCACCAGUAGUAUAUUUGUAAUACAUGCAAAGAAGUCUGUACCUGCAUCCUGCAUGUGCCGCUUUUCUCAUUACAAUGGCAGCUGGUGUCCGGUUUGAAGACACGAUUGUCGAAGGGAAAAUCUUAAUCACCGCAGCUGGUUUCAGCCUGGCUCGAUCUAUGCCAAGGUAUCCAAUACUUUAUGCUAAAUGUUUACAAAAACACGCUGGUUUGACUCUUGAGUAUCCACUGGACUAAUAUUGUUAUUAAAUUGCUUGGAAGGUGGAAGAAGCUCUUAUCACUGCCCGCACCUGCCACACUAUAAAACAUGGUGAAAUAGCAAAAUACGCGGCACAAUGCCGAACAGCGACGUGCGCGUGCGUGCUAACUCCAAAUGAACAGAGGGGGUGACACCCCAUUUGUUGUCACAGCCGAAAAUAUCCGACAAUAACCCGAAGACAGGAAGGGCCUAGAUUCAAAAUGCAGACAACACAUUCUGAAUUCUAUUUAUCCAUUGAACUGCUCUAUGACUGCUAUGUAAUCCCCUUGACAUUAUGGUUUGUAAAGGGGUUCUAGAGGUAUCAAAAAUGUUUUUUUUUUUAAUCUUUGUGCUCUGAGCUUUAAGUUCAGAUGUAAAGUUUGUCCAUUUUAGGUUUAUCCUGAGUUUUCACCCAAAAGUCCCAUUACCCCUAACUUUUUGUGAAUAGUGUAUGUUGUAUAGAAUGAGAAAAAAACAGAUGUGAAAAUAUGGAUACAUCUCACAAUUUGACUGCAUUGUUUACAGUAAAUAAACUAUUAAGAAAAUACAGUAUUUCAGAUUUAAUGCACGGUAGAAUAGGCUCAGCUCCCUGUACAAGGAGCAUGAAUGUUUUUAAGAGUUUUGUCAAAAGGUGAGUGAUGUGUUGAACAAUAAAUAAAGAAAUGUUGAAGUUGUGUUUCUUUGAGUUUUAAUGCACAAGUGAUUUAUACACACCCCUCCAAAAGUAUUGGAACAGUAAGGUAAAUUCCUUUCAAUGGCAUUGAAAAUUGAUUAAUUCAAACUGUUUGCGAUUCAUAUACUGAAUGUUUUCAAUGUAUCGCAAAAAUAAAGACUUAGCCUAAAUGUUCCAUUGACUUUGUAGGGGAGUGUGGUUAAUUAUGAACUUCUAUUGUCAAUGUUUUCCCGUGUUGCAUCCAAUGUUUUGCGAGAUUGUAUUUGCGCUUACACAUACACUUACCUCUCAUUUGCCAUUUGUUGCCUUCGGGACUGAAGAUCGAUGUAUCUCAUAUGUAGACAACUUGGACUUUUUAUUGUGGCAUAAAACAUUCU